CAGCCUCUCUAGCUCUCCCUCCUUUCCAGUCUGUAUCUAAACCCCCCCUCUCAGCCUCUCUAGCUCUCCCUCCUUUCCAGUCUGUGUCUAACCCCCCCUCCCCUCCCUGCUCUCCUCUUUCCGUUCGUGACGGAGAUAAUCUCUCCCUGAUGCUGGGCCUGUGCAUGAUGUUGUUCAUCCAGCCUCCAUCAUUCCACGGAGAGAAACAGAGAGUCUCGCUUUUCAAAUGGUCUAUUUCUCCAUCACUCCCUCGUUCGUUCGGGACCAGCUCCUCUCGGCAUUCGUAAUCUAAAUCUGGUCUGAUUUCUGGUUGGUCGAUCUACAUUAAGGGGACGGAACCACAGCAGUCUGCUGCUAGCAGCGGAAAGUACUUAUGGCGAUGACCCCCCACACCGCUGAGGUAGCUCGUCUCUACCAGACAGAGUUUAUCCGUAGCGCCCGGGCGGUGGGCGUCCUCUGGGCUGUGUGUACCCUCUGCUUCGCCAUCAUCGAGGUUGUCAUCCUAAUACAGCCCUCCUGGGUGGGCACCAGAGAGGUUCACUACCAUGGAGGGGGCCCCGUGCCAAAGACUGGUACCCUGGGACUGUUCGAGGUGUGUGUGGAGUCUGAUUGGCCGGUUCCAGAGUGUCGUGGCUCACUGAGCACUCUGACCCCCCUCCCAGCCUUCCAGUCCCCUGCUGUGCUGGUUUGCAUGUCCCUGACCAUGGUCUGGAGCAGCGUCGGCUGCCUCUCCCUCUUCAGAUUCUGCAACGCCGCCACCGUCUACAAGAUCUGCGCUUGGCUGCAGCUUACUGCAGGGUUCUGCCUGGCUCUCGCCUGCGUGCUGUUCCCUGACUCGUGGGAUUGUGCGGACAUGCGGGACCUGUGUGGUGACGGGGUGACCAGUUUCUCCUCCGGAAACUGCUCUGUCCACUGGGCCUUUGUCCUGGCCUUGUUGGGGGUCCUGGAUGCUGCCAUUCUUGCCACUCUGGCCUUUGUACUGGGCAACCGACAGGAUGCUCUGCUGCCAGAGGACACCAAGGAUGUGACAGGGUUUCUGCUGUCUGCUUAGACUGGCUGGUCCCCAUUCUGUGUUAUAUAUAUAUAUAGAACCUUCCCUUUGUUUCCCGUGAUGUCCUCCUCUAUCCAUCUUCAUUGGGUCAAUAAGCACGCUGGAGGAAGAACCCUCUGACUCCUCCCCCUUGGUAUUACAUCACCAUGCAUAUCCUGGUUACAUAAUGUCCCUGCAUGGAAACGGUCACCUGGCAACAGUAGACCUGGAGCUGUGUUCUACUCCCUGAGACUGAAGACAAUGAUCUCCUGGAUGUUUUAAACCCUUGAGAGGCUACUGGUGCUGGACUACGGAGGAGGGAAGAUGGUGACACACCGAGAUAUAGGACAUUAGUGCUGUUACAGUUCAUUUAUGACGGAUUAUAUACAGAUAUAUUUCUCAAUGUUCAGUGUUUGAGGGACAGUGUUUUGUAGGCGUGUAGGAAUGAUGUUUUUAAUGUUGUUUGUUCCCUUUUAAUAUGAGAGAAUAUUUUUGCCUUAUUUCCAUAUCCCCCGCCUGAGG